GUGGAAGCGAGGAGCAGCCGAGGGGUCGUCUUCUUCACUCGAGUAUGGACGUGAGUUUCAUUCUUCCACAUGCAUGGAACUAAAGGACAGGACUUUACAGAUGAAGUUACACGUUCCGAUGUAGAUCCAAGCCGCAGCCCAGCAAGCGCAACUACAAUCCUCCUAAGGAGGAAUGCCAGCUCCUGAGCAGAGCCCAGUGACGGAGGAGGGGCUUCUGCUGACCGUCCGCGACAGUUCAACUGGCCGCAACAUGGAGGCUGACAACACCGCCAACAACAUCCUGGCCUCCGUUAAAGAACAGGAGCUUCAGUUUGAGCGGCUAACCAGGGAGCUGGAAGUGGAGAGGCAGAUUGUGGCCAAUCAGCUGGAAAGAUGCAGACUCGGAGCUGAGUCACCAGGCGCUGGUAGCAGCAGCUCAUCUGAGAAGUCCCUGCCUUGGAGAACUGCAGAUGUCUCUGCCUCGGGGGACACAAAGUCUCGGGUGACUGACAGCUCCCAGUCCCCGAGCUACCGCAUCAGGACGGAGUCAGAGCAGGUGUCUCUGUACUCCCCGGAGCAGUCCUCCCUUCAUGAAAGAUCUGCAGGGAAUUCAUGUAGCUCAGCUCAGAUGAACUCAUACUCGGACAGUGGCUACCAGGAUGCCAGCAGCAGCUACCUCAGCAGCCAGAACCUGGGCAAGGCUGAACUAAGGGUGCAGCAUUCCUUCCCUGGUGCUGGCACUGGCACCCUGAUGAGGAAUGCCAGGGCUGAGGGACAGGCUUCAGCCCAGGUUACAACAGCAAUGCCUGGGCGAGCUAUGCGAAGGGUAAGCUCAGUGCCUUCUCGCUCUCACUCGCCAGCCUAUGCGAGCAGUAUGUCUCCCUCCCGUGGCUCCCUGCGUACCUCAGCUGGCAGUGCCUACGGCUCCCCUAUUGUUACGGAACCCAAACCCCUGUCCUCCGUCUAUUCUACAACAUUGCCCUCUGCCCAGCGAACCAGUACUGCGGGCGUCGGUAGCAGUGGCUCACCCUACUCCACCCAGAAAAAUUCCCCUGCUGCACUGCGUCGCAUGGGCUCCACAAACUCUCGAUCUAGCCGUACCACCUCACCUUAUCAGGCCUCCGCAGGGUCAUCCUCAGGCCGCAUGGGCUCACCUCUGACAAUGGUCGACAACGUCAACCCUCCACUGACUAAACAGCCUGCUCAUACAUCGUCUCCAGUCAGGGCUAGUAUGACUGCUGUGCCCCAGCACUACAGCUCCACUCUGCCCCGCUCCAUGCUCCACAACGCUGACCCCUACGGACCCCAGAGUUACGACAUUUACGAGAGAAUGACGCGACCUGACAGCCUCACAGAUGCCCUCGUUGAUGGCGACAUACAAGGAAUACGGAGUUCAUACGCCAGUCAACACAGCCAGCUGGCCCAGGACUUAAGGUCAACCAUCUCCCCAGAGCGCCACAUUGCACCAAUCUAUGAGGAUCGGACAUACAAGGGCCCGUUGUACCGCAGUCCCAGCCACACCCACCAGGGCACCCUCUAUAGGAGCACCUCAGGUGUGGGGAGUCUGCAAAGGUCGUCCAGCCAGCGCAGUGCCAUGACCUACCAAAGAAACAAUUAUACUCUUAACACGUCAGCCACCUAUGCUGAUCCAUAUCGCUCAGCACAGUACCGGCCUUCCGAUCCCAAUUAUGUUCGCCAGGCUGUUGUCAUGGAUGAUGGUGCUGCCCGCUCUCCUUCCAUAGACAGCAUUCAGAAGGAUCCGAGAGAGUUUGCAUGGCGUGACCCAGAGCUGACAGAGGUGAUUCACAUGCUGCAGCACCACUUCCCAUCGGUGCAGGCCAAUGCAGCUGCCUACCUGCAGCACCUGUGCUUUGGUGAUAAUGGAGUCAAGAGUGAGGUCUGUCGACUGGGAGGAAUUAAACACCUGGUGGACCUGCUAGACCACAAAGUCCUUGAGGUCCAGAGGAACUCUUGUGGUGCUCUGAGGAACCUUGUAUAUGGCAAAACUAUGGAUGACAACAAGAUUGCUGUUAGGAACGCUGGGGGUAUCCCAGCACUGCUCCGUCUGCUUAGAAAGACUGUGGAUGCAGAAGUGCGGGAGCUUGUCACAGGGGUGCUGUGGAACCUGUCAUCAUGUGACGCUGUCAAGAUGACAAUCAUCCGAGACGCCUUAACAACUCUGACUAACACUGUGAUUAUCCCUCACUCUGGAUGGAGCAGCUCCACCUUCGAUGACGAGCACAAGCUGAAGUUUCACUCCUCUCUGGUGCUGAGGAACACCACAGGUUGCCUGAGGAACCUGAGUUCAGCUGGUGAGGAGGCCAGGAAACAGAUGCGCACUUGCGAGGGCCUGAUUGACUCACUGCUCUAUGUCAUCAAAGCCUGUGUAAACACCUCUGACUUCGACAGUAAGAUUGUGGAGAAUUGUAUUUGCACUCUGAGGAACCUGUCAUAUCGUCUGGAGCUGGAAAUGACAGCAUCCAGACUGAUAGAGGGGCAGGAAGUGGAUGGCUUACUGGUCAGAGAGUCGCCCAGUAAAGAGGUGGAUUCCAGCUGCUGGGGCAGAAAGAAAAAGAAGAAGAAAAACAGCCUUCAGGAAGACACAUGGGACGGUGUGGGGCCCAUUCCCGGCUUCUCUAAGUCUCCCAAGGGUGCAGAAAUGCUAUGGCACCCUUCGGUGGUUAAGCCUUACUUGACCCUGCUGGCUGAGAGUUCCAAUCCUGCGACUCUGGAGGGUGCCGCUGGGUCACUUCAGAACUUGUCAGCUGGCAACUGGAAGUUUGCAGCAUACAUCCGUGCAGCAGUGCGUAAGGAGAAAGGACUCCCCAUCCUAGUGGAGCUCCUCCGGAUGGAUAACGACAGGGUGGUGUGUUCAGUUGCCACUGCUCUGAGAAACAUGGCACUGGAUGUCAGGAACAAAGAGCUUAUAGGGAAGUACGCGAUGAGGGACCUGGUCAACCGUCUCCCUGGAGGAAACACCACCCUGCUGUCGGACGAGACCGUGGCAGCCAUCUGUUGCACCCUGCACGAGGUCACCAGCAAAAACAUGGAGAAUGCCAAGGCUCUGGCCGACACGGGCGGCAUCGAGAAGCUGGUCAACAUAACCAAGGGCAGAGGAGACAGGUACUCUAUGAAGGUGGUUAAAGCAGCUGCUCAGGUGCUGAACACACUGUGGCAGUACAGGGAUCUGCGUACAAUCUAUAAAAAGGAUGGAUGGAAUCAAAACCAUUUCCUCACACCAGUGUCAACACUUGAACGAGACAGAUUCAAGUCCCAGCCCACCCUCCCCACCAGCACCAUUCAGAUGUCUCCAGUCAACCACCCUGCUGCCAGUGCCACGUCGUCUCCUGCAAUGCUGGGCAUCAGAGAGCAUAGAGACACCAUCAGAGAUUAUCAGAGAGCACAGUCAACUAUGCAAUUUUCUAAUUACCAAGGAGACAACAGUAUUCAUAAAAAACAGUAUACAGGGUCUGGAAAGCCAUCUCCGUAUUACUACUCGUCACCCACAAGAGAGGAGCCCCGAAGAACACAGCCUGUGUAUUACACAGAUGAGCCGAGCAGGAGAAACUACGAUACAUACAGGAUGUACCUGCAGCAUCCCCACGGCUACGACGACACAUAUUUGGAGGAGGUCAUCACUUACCCUCCCACCUUCAGCUCCCAGCCUCAUGGACUGAAAUCCACCUCUAACUACGUGGACUAUUACGCUACCACACGGACGCCUUCGUUCAGAGCAGAGCAGUACCCCGGCUCUCCUGACUCCUGGGUAUAGGUCUGGAGAUGCUUCUGUUUGACCAUCACUUCGGGGUGUACGGAGGGAUGUCUUCACCCUGCAGCGGAGGCGAGGAGCACGCAGGAAAUGACAAACUUUUUUUUUCAUGAACUUGGCUUUAUAUGUGUGUUUGUUUCUAAAGUGGAUGUGUGUGUAUGGAGGGGAGUUCAAUUGAGUGAUAACAGAUGGAAAGAUGGAAUGUGAGCCAAAGAAGGAAAUCAAGGAAUGUUUUUUUUUUCUUCUCAUUUAGACGAGGAAGAUGGAAUCAUGCUGUGGGUCUGUUGAGACAUGAUAUGGGACACUACAGUGAGGCGACAUGCGUCCUUUUCUGUCUAGAUGUUAGUUUUAUUUUUUCUUUUUGAAACUCUUAACUGUGAUAGCAUGGUGAAAGGUGUGAGUCAUGUAAACGAGGGUCCGCGGUAAGAGUAAAAACAGGGGAAUAUGUAUGUGCCGAAGCCAAAAUGGAUCAUGAACUCAUAUCUGCUUUAAAAAAAAAAAAAUCAAAUGAAAAAUAGUUAACUAACAAUGUUAGCUUGUACAGAGGGAUCAAAUUAUAUCUGUACUUAAUGUUGAAACUGUGUAAUGCCAUGGAGUCUUGUACAUUUUUCGUUUUAUUGUAAAUACAGAAAAACAUGUUACCUGGUUUACACUCAAAGAGCACUGGUUAAAAAAAACUUGUGCCAUGUUAGGUCUCUAAAGAUAUAUAAAUAAACGAAGAAAUAUGUGGACAAAGAUGGCAUCAUAACACAACCAUGAUAACGUAAUAAAAGGUCAAGUUUUGUUUUUUAAA